AUGAACUCUCUCACCCGCAUCGCCCUCAUCUGCCUUUGCCUUGACGUCGUUCGGGCCCAAGGCGCUGCUUCUGGUCCCUCACCAGCAGCCGCAACAGCCUCGAACGAGGAAGUCAACAAGCUUGCUCUCUGGCCGGAUGUAGACAUUCGCGGGCUGCUCGCCGGCGAACCAAAUGCAACCGGAAAUGCACCUAAUCCCAUUGACCUCUUAUUUGUCCUUCAAGCCGGCUCCGUGACGCUUGUCCCCGCGAAUGAUGGCGGUUUGAUUGGGGGUCAGCUAUUUUUUAGGGAGGUACUUGCGCAGAUAGUCGUCUUCGCUGAUAGACCGUACCGAACGAUGGACAUGCUCAGUCUUGAGGACUUCUUCGCUUUUGAGUUGGUCCAAGACUUCUUCGCUGGCCCGAACCCACCAAACGCCAUAAUCACCGGAGAGUUGCCGCAAGAUAUUAGAUUGCAGCGCCAUAACGAAUCUGACUCCAUGCCGUAUAGACGUCUCUUGGGCACUGUCUUGGGGGCCGCCGAAUGGGAUUCACAGCAACCAUCGGAGCUUCGUUUUGACAUUCCCGCCGGUAUGGACAUAUUCAGAGAAAACGGACGCGUAGAUAUCGUCGACGACGAGCUAUUUCAAGAUCUGCGGAAAGGGUAUGCAAAUGCAUCAUAUGACGGCUUUCCAACUCUUCAUCGUGUCACCGUGUUCAUUGAUCCAUUUCAAACGGCACCCGAGAAGACACAACUUAACAUCGGACGAAGACUGCUGCAGCGAGGGCGUGUCGGUCGUGGUGGUGGUAGAUUUGGUCGCGCCGGGGCAUUCGCGGCACCGCGGGGUUUUGGUCGGCGUUGGAAUGGCAACAUUAAUAACUACUGGGGAGGCAGAAAUGCAUUUCUCGGUGGAUUCUCUCGAGGGGGUCUAUACGGCUCUCGGCUUGUCGGCACGUCAACUCUGUAUCCAGGUUGGGGCGGAUUUGGAUACUAUGAUGACGGAUUUUACGAUCCAUCCAUCUUUUCCGGUCGUGCCAUGGCGUACCAGACCCCAAAUACGGUGGUGCAGCAAGUCCCAGUUUAUGUUCCAGUCCCAGCAGGCCCAGCUCCUCAGUCCCCGGUCCCGACUCAGACGUCUGUGAUGACCAAAGCAAUCUUAAAGAGUGAGUUGACUGGAACAUGGGCAGGAAACGGCGGCGGAGCUGGAAUGGGCUCAAUCCGAGUUUCUGCGGUCGAAACAGUCGACGGAUUAGAAGUCACAGCUCAACUUCCAGGUUGUGAGACAUGCAAGUUGGGUUGUCGAUGGGAGCGAGCAAGAGGCACAGCCAUGAUCUCUUCAGAUGGAGGAUCACAACUUCAAGUUGACUUUGUUUCUUGUGAUGAUGCGCGAAAUGCAAUCACGACAUUACGUGGAAUCCUUGCCAUUGCAGCUAAUGGCCGGAACGUGAUAUAUUGGUCGCCUGCCACGCAUUCGACACAAUGGAUUCGCAACUCUUGAUGA